GCGACAGUCCUCGAGGUUUCCGGUGUUGUGAAUGUGUCUGGUAAAGAUGGCGGUCAGCAUCCGAGGCCGUCCUAUCCGAAGUAUACGGAUGCGAGGUCGGAAUGACAGUGGGGAGGAAAAUGUACCGCUCGAUCUCACAAGAGAGCCCUCCGAGAACAUGCGAGAGAUCCUGCAGAAUGUGGCCAAACAACAAGGAGUCUCCAACAUGCGGAAACUCGGCCAUCUUAACAACUUUAUCAAGCUGCUCUGCAAUGUCGGGCACUCUGAGGAAAAGUUUGGCUUUACCUAUGAAGAAAUUAUCAUUUGCCUCAGGUUGGCUCUCCUCAAUGAGGCUAAGGAGGUUCGGGCGGCUGGCUUGCGUUCUCUCCGCUACCUCAUCAGGGACAGUAAUAUCCUUCAGAAGGUGUUGCGUCUCCAGGUGGAUUACCUGAUUUCCAGGUGCAUUGACAUCCAGCAGAGUAAUGAGGUGGAGCGCACUCAGGCUCUCAGACUGGUGAGAAAGAUGAUCACUGUGAACGCCCUGCUCUUCCCAAGCUCUGUUGCAAACUCCCUCAUUGCAGUGGGCAACGAUGGACCACAGGAGCGGGACCGUAUGGUUCGUGCCUGCAUCGCCAUUAUCUGUGAACUUGCACUUGAGAACCCUGAGAUUGUGGCCAAGCGUGGUGGACUCAGCACCAUCCUGAAGAAUGUAAUCGACUGUCAGCUCAGUCGCAUCAAUGAGGCUCUGAUGACCACCAUCCUGCACCUCCUCAACCACCCACAUACACGGCAAUAUGUUCGCUCUGACGUGGAGUUAGAGCAAAUCCUGGCACCUUACACAGACUUCCACUACAGACACAAUCCAGACACAGCAGAGGGUCAGCUCAAAGAAGACAGGGAGGCUCGAUUUCUGGCCAGUAAGAUGUCGAUUGUUGCAUCCCUUCGCUCUUGGUCAGGCAUCAUUAAUCUCUGCAAGUCAGGCAACUCUGGAAUCCAGUCUCUCAUUGGUCUGCUGUGUAUACCAAAUAUGGAAGUGAGGCGAGGACUACUGGAGGUGAUGUAUGAAAUAUUCAGGCUCCCUGUUCCUGUGGUGACACAAGAUUUUGUUGAAGCUCUUCUCAGUGUGGACCCUAGUAGGUUUCAGGACAGCUGGAGACUGUCAGAUGGCUUUGUAGCGUCAGAAGCAAAAAUAAUACUUCCACAUAGGGCGCGGUCCAGACCUGAUUUGAUGGAUAACUAUCUCGCAUUGCUGCUUUCUGCCUUCAUCCAUAGUGGACUUUUAGAGGGCUUGGUUGAAGUGAUCACUAGCAGUGAAGAUAGUGUUUCAGUUCGUGCAACUAUCCUCUUAGGAGAACUCCUGCAUAUGGCCAACACCAUUCUCCCUCAUUCUCAUAGUCACCACCUGCACUGCCUGCCCACUCUAAUGAACAUGGCUGCUUCCUUUGACAUUCCUCAGGGGAAAAGACUACGGGCGAGUGCUGCGGUUAAUUACUUGAAGAGAUUUCAUGAGAAGAAGAAGCGAGGCCCCAAACCCAAUAGUCUUUACUUGGACCUCAUUGUCCGUAAAUCUCUGGCUGCUCAUUAUUGUCGGGACCAGCACCUCAGGCCUCAGAGGGACAUUUUUGUCAUUAAGGACACUGAGGAGGCCCUUAUGAUGAACCUCAGAGACAGUCAGAUUCUCAAUCAUAAACAGAAUUUGGAGUGGAACUGGGUCCUAAUCAGCACCAUACUCAAGUGGCCAAAUGUCAACCUUCGGAACAACAAAGAGGAACAGAUGCACAAGUUUGUGCGAAGGCUGCUCUUCUUCUACAAGCCUAGCAGUAAGCUGUACGCCAGUCUGGAGCUGGACUACAGCAAGGCCAGACAGUUAACAGUGGUGGGCUGUCAGUUCAUCGAGUUCCUGCUAGAGUCAGAUGAGGAUGGCCAGGGUUAUCUGGAAGACCUGGUUAAGGACAUAGUACAGUGGUUGUCUGCUUCCUCUGGGCUGAAACCAGACCGUAGUCUUCAGAGCAAUGGCCUCCUCACGACCCUCAGCCAGCACUACUUCCUCUUCCUCGGCACUCUCUCCGCUAAUCCCCAGGGCGUUAAGAUGCUUGAGAAGUGCAGUGUCUUCCAAUGCCUGCUGAACCUGUGCUCCCUGAAGAACCAGGACCAUCUUCUGAAGCUGGUGGUCUCCACACUGGACUACAGUCGGGAUGGUUUAGCUCGGGUCAUCCUCUCAAAGAUCCUCACCGCUGCCACUGACAACUGCAGGUUGUACGCCACCAAGCAUCUGCGGGUGUUGUUACGAGCUAAUGUGGAGUUUUUCAGCAAUUGGGGCAUUGAACUGUUGGUGACUCAGUUACACGACCGCAGCAAGGCCGUCUCGGUGGAGGCUUUGGACAUACUGGAUGAGGCCUGUGAGGACAAGGCAAAUCUGCAUGCUCUGAUUCACAUGAAGCCAGCACUAACUCACCUGGGAGACAAAGGUGUGCUGUUGCUGUUAAGGUUUCUGUCCAUUCCCAAGGGGUUCUCCUAUCUAAAUGAAAGAGGAUAUGUUAGUAAACAACUGGAGAAGUGGCAGAAGGAAUACAACCUCAAGUAUGUAGACCUCAUAGAGGAACAGCUAAAUGAAGCGCUCACUACUUACCGUAAACCAGUAGAUGGGGAUAACUAUGUGCGACGAAGCAACCAAAGGUUACAGAGACCAAAUGUUUUUCUUCCUGUGCAUUUGUAUGGACAACUGGUACAUGAUAAGACAGGCUGUCAUUUGUUGGAAGCUCAGAAUGUAGUUUCAGACCUGAGUUACACAGUGCGCUGCCCAUUGCUGGACAAAUGGGAGGGCAUCAAACAGCUUAAAGCUGCUCUUUGGGCUCUGGGAAACAUUGGCACGUCUAACUGGGGACUGAACCUCCUACAGGAAGAGAAUGUUAUUCCAGAUAUUGUCGCUCUUGCCCAUGACUGUGAGGUUCUGUCUAUUAGGGGGACUUGUCUGUAUGUUCUGGGACUCAUUUCUAAAACCAAGCAGGGUUGUGAGGUGCUCAAGCUUCAUGGCUGGGAUGCAGUCAGGCACAAUCGCAGACAGCUUUGGCCUGUGGUCCCCGAUGAGGUGGAGCAGCACCAGAACCUACAGCAGCAGCAGCAACAGCACCAGCAACCCCUCAUUCACCUAUCGUCAGCUCCCAGCACCCUCAGCUUAACCUCAGAGUCCACCAGCUCUAGACACAACAGCGAGAGUGACUCCAUUCAGCCAACCAUGUACAUCCUGGAUGAUGAGAAGUUGGAAAGUUCUGAACUUUCAGAAGACCAGCCACUGUACUUUCGGCCUAAACUUCUAAAGGACCGCAGCCCCUUCACCAUUUUGGCCUCCAGUCGACUUGUCCGGAACCGCUUCCUGAUCUCCCUCUCCGGAAAGAAACUCCGCAGUACCAGUGACCCCAAAGGCACUGGCAGUAGCAGUAAACUUCAAGGCGAGCUCACUCUGGGAGGCCUCCGGAGGGUACGCACAGUCACAGAGCCCUCUAUCUUCUCUUCUAGUCAGGGAGACGUUUUCAGUCCUGUAUUUACAGAUGGACAUCUGCCAAAAAGCCCCAGUGUUAGUUUGGAGACUUCUUUUGUAGGCACUAAGACUUUGGAUACUCAGGACAGCACAUCUAGUAUUGGAGAGCAAGAGGUACGUCUGAACAGAACUGCAGAACGAAGCUCAGGGGUAGGAGAUACCCACCGUGAACAAACCAGUCGAGAAAGGCUUGCCGGUGAUGGCUCAACCUCUGGAAGCGGGGCUCAGUUUAAAAGCCGCAGCCAGAGUUUCAACACAGACACGACCACCAGCGGCAUCAGCUCCAUGAGUUCCAGCCCAUCUAGAGAGACUGUAGGUUGUGUGGACUCUUCCACCAUCGACACAGAUUGUGUUAGCCUCAAUACUGUCAUUAGCACUCAAACUGUCAAAACCCUCCAUUCUCUCACACCCCAGUCGAACCACUUGACUCUGUCCAAAUCAAACUCAGUUUUGCUGAUGCCGCCAGGUUCCUCUCACACUCUGCCCCGCAGAGCUCAGUCCCUUAAAUCGCCUUCAGUCACAACCAUCUCGAGCCUGACAGACUGUAGCUUCAUGUACACCAGCCCUCGGGACGCACUGGGUUACGCUACCCUAAAAAGACUGCAGCAGCAACGUAUCCACCCCUCCCUUUCUCAUAGUGAGGCGCUUGCUUCACCUGCCAAAGACGUCCUUUUCACGGAUGCCAUCACCAUGAAAACUGGCAGCCUGGACUCCAGACUCACACCACGCAGGUGUACUAAAAAGCGCUUCAGAUGUCUGGGCCAAGGUUCAAGCAGGCCCCAUCGCAGAAGUCUGCUCCCACGGUUUCUCAAGGCUCUGAGUUUUGCAUCCCUGGAUAAAGAGGACCUUCUGAGCCCUAUCAGUCAGACGUCUCUACAGCGCUCCUCAUCAGUGCGCUCUAUGGUGUCCAGUGUCACGUAUGGCAGCUCUGAUGAUUACAUUGGCCUUGCUCUGCCAAUGGACAUCAACAGCAUGUUCCAGAUCAAGGACACGCCAUACUUUCAAAAAAGGAAAAGUCCACCAUCUGAAGACCGGGCUGCAAAGUUCUUCUCGGGCGAGGCAGAUGGAUCAAGCGAAGUGUCCAGACACUCUGUUCUGCGCUCUCAGCUUAGUAUAACAGAGCUGAUUGCAGUGAGUCGUAUGGAGAAGCAUCAAAUGUUGGGUGCAGAGGAGACCGGCCUGCAGGAGCACACUGAGGAGAACUGUCUUUACUGUGCAGGGCUCUAUGUACUUGGCUGCAAUUCAAGCUCUGCCACGCAAAGCCGCACAGACUAUCCUGACGCUACAUUCUCGGAAUGGUGCAAUCAGUCCAUACACAACCUGGAAGUGAUGCCUCAGUCUAAGUACUCUGGAGUGUCAGGCUGCAGCGACGCCGUCUCUCAGGGCUCUGGUGGCAGCACUCGCAGCACUGAGCUUGUUCUUGGGGUGAAAAACAUUCCAGAAGAUGCUCCGGCCUGUCGAGUUCUUCUGAGGAAGGAGGUGCUUCGUCUGGUCAUCAACCUAAGCUCCUCAGUGGGCACUAAAGGGAACGAAACUGGACUCCUCACCAUUAAGGAAAAGUUCCCCUAUGCUUUCGAUGAUAUCUGCCUCUAUUCUGAAGUUUCAUACUUGCUGGCUCAUUGCAUGUUCAGACUUGCUUCAAGACGCUUCAUUCAGGAACUCUUCCAAGAUGUUCAGUUCAUUCCGAUGUAUGAGGAAGCUGAAAGCAUUCUGUCGAUGCCCAAGAAGACUACCACAGUAGAUCUUCCAUCAGAUCCAUGAUCCUCAAGACGUUUUUAAGACUCUUCGCCAAUCCAUUUACUUGGCCUGACCAUGCACUUAAAAAGAAAACGCAAUAAGAGACUAGGGCUAUGGGACAGAUAUAUGUCGACUGAAAGAGUGCAAGAGAUGCCGUUUCCACUGAAACAUAGAGUUGGUACGAUAAGAGAACAAACUUUGAACAAAUAAAGAUGCUCUACAGUGGAUCUUGUAACCAAAUAAUGCUUGUGACUGACAGUUAUGAACUAUCUAGCAUCGAGCGGAAAGCCGAGCAUGCAAUAUUUCAACUGCGAGUCGGUGAAAAUUGUAUUUCAAAAACAAGAAAAGACUCUCUAGGAAGUUUAUUUAUCUUCCCUCAAUUCCGUUCAGUCACUAAUGUCCUUCUUUCAAGGAUCUAUGCGUCUGAUUGCACGUAAAAAAAACGAAAACCAUUUUUUUUGCUCCGAGUGGAUCCCUCAACACUACAACAUUCCAGCUGUUUGCUUUGGAUUUUUGUUUGCUACUAAUUCUGGUUGUUUCAAGAAUAUAAAGAAGUGGCUUUCGCAAGCAGGCCAAGCAAACACUCUGCUUUAGUUCUGGGGGUGAUUUGCUAUAUAAGACAAUCAUCAUUAAUAACUAAUAAUAACGAGCAACUGCCAGUUUUUCAUUUCACUUGUGUACCCGACUCAUGAAAGCUUUUUUUUCCUCUAAUCAUUCAAACGCAUAUUAAUCUUAGCUUAGCACAUUCCCAAGAAACUGUGUGUACGUGUGCUUUAUGGUAGUUACACAAUCAGAAGGCAGUGACUCUAUCGUGUUAUUGUGUAACUGUGUUAACUGACCUCAAAAAUGAACAAUCCAACAGAAAAAAAACUGACAUUUAAAAUCCGCAUGCUAUUUAUUUAUUUAUUUACUUAUUUAUUGUUUCAUUGUCCCUUUUGCGCUAUUUUAGCCUGGGUUAAACUGUAUUAUUAUGUCUGUCAGUCAGUGUACCUCAAAAGAGGAAGGUAAAGUGCAUUUCACCACUGCAUUACAUUUGGCAGUUUAACUCUUAACUCCAUUUGAAGUAUUGAAAAUGAAAACCAAUACACAGAAGUAUGUUGAAAUAUUACUUCCAGAAAGUUUCCUCUAUCUAGCAUUAAUUGUUGAAGCAUUAAUAAACUAGAAAGAUUCCCUGACAUGUUUUACAAUAUUUACUAUGGAACCUACUUUUGUACUUUGAAUGGAUAUCAAUGCUUUUUAACCUAGCUGUGGUUAUGAUUUUUUAAACUGGUAAACAUUUUGAUCAAAAAGUGACAAGAAUUGCUCCAAUUUACUCAUAAACUGCUAUGAUUCGUCAAUAUUUAUAGCAGAGAGUCUUUUUAAUGAAUGUAGUUUAGCACUGCAUUAAAAAAAAACAUGAACAAAUACAGUUAAGAUACCCGUAAAGUACAAGUCUGAUGUUCAUAUUUUUAUUAUUUCUAUGCAACGUGCCUGUUAAUUCCGCACAACUGACUUAUUAUUGAAGAUACGACGAUCAAUUCAUUGUCUUGGCUGGACCAUUUAUGUUAUUUAGGCAGCUUUAAUCUAUUUUGCCUUAUUUGUAUUCAUUUUAACUCUUUUAGAAUUAAUGAAUUUGCCCUCUUUCUUGUUUUAUUUAUUCUAGAAACUAAUAAAUCUGCCUUUGCCUGUCUUGGCUUUUGAAUUAAGCAUCAGGGUUCAACAACCUUUUUUUUUUUAUGUAUUGUGAAAUCUAAGGAAUCUGAUGAGGCCAGCAAUAAUACUGAUGAUAAUAGUUGUUACAGUAUUUCCUUUAAAGCUUCUGAGUAAGAUUUAAGUGCAUGUGGAUUCUGAUCUCUAUCUGCAGUGUAUAAUGGGUAGAAAUGAAAGAAGUGCGAGUGCUGUAUGGAGCGGUACAUAUGGAGACGAUGCUGUUUAAACUGGCUGGACAUUGAACAAUAAUAAAGCCACUGACGUAUUUGAAACAACAAAUAAAUCCUUGAUUAUUUCGGAACUGUUCUCGUUAUUGUACGGUGAAAAUGUUCCAGGAUUUCUCAUUGUGGGUCACUUUCCACAGUGUUAAAUUGAUCAUUUUUAAAGGAAAUCUUUAAAUUGGUAAUAAUUGAUAAUACGUUGUACAUUUUGUUUUCUCUGUCCCCAUCAUGCAUAUGUUUUAAAUGUACAUUUGUUCAUUGUUAGACUAAAACUAAUCGCACCUUUCAGUGAUUUUUUCUUUUCUUUAAAGUGCCCUUGUGAUUUUGCAAAGCACUGUAUAAAAUCCAAGGCACCGUUUAAUAAUGAAAUUGCAGAGACUGAUGUAAGAAGUGUUAUUUAUAUUUUUCCUGAAGGAAAAACAAAUGUCUAAAACUGUUGUACAUACUUAUAAUGUUUCCUUAAUUAUGAGCUUUCUUGUAUAAUAUAAUGUGUUUUAGGGGGCAUUGAGAAUCUGAUGAAAGGGAUGCAUCCGUGAUAAAGAAUAAACCUUUUCCUUGACUCACCUCUUA